AUGUCUUCAGUCCCGCCAGGAGGUCUGAUCCUCAUCACGGGCGCCAAUGGGUACAUAGCAAGCGUCGCUGUCCAUGUCUUUCUUCAACGCGGUUAUCGUGUCCGUGGCACAGUCCGCUCUAUCACUGCCAAUACCUGGAUGAAAACAUUCUUCGGAUCCAAUUUCGAGCUUGUCCAGGUUCCCGACAUCUCGACACCCGGUGCUUUCGAUGAAGCUCUCAAAGACGUGAAUGGCGUGGUUCAUACCGCUAUGAACAUGGAAAUGAACCCGCAGAACCAAGGAGUCAUAGACGAUACCAUCAAUUCAAAUCUGUACCUUCUUGAAGCGGCGGCAAAAGUCCCCAGCGUCAAGAGCGUUGUCAUCACUUCGUCACUAGCUGCGUGCGCUCUUCCCACCACCGGCGAACCGUACAAGAUCGAUUCAACGACCUGGAACACCGAUGCAAUUGAGAAGACAGCUGAGCCGUGGGACGGACAAGGGAACCCGCGAUGGCAUGGGAUCGUGUUAUACGGAGCUGCUAAAGCACGUAGCGAACAAGCUGCCUUUGCGUGGGUACGGGAACUUAAACCGUCCUUCUCAUUUAACACGGUUGUACCCAAUGUUAACUUCGGUAUCGCUAUAUCGCCCGAGAAUAUGAGCUACCGCAGUUCGGCCGCCGUCAUUGACGCUGUUGUGAAAGGAUAUCCCGAUGCGCCGUCUAUUCUACCAUCGCAGUGGUAUGUCGAUGUCGAGGAUACGGCUCUGCUACACCUGGCUGCAUUGACACUCGACGAUGUUAAUAACGAGCGACUUCUUGCGUUCGGUGGGAGAUAUGGCUGGACUGUGAUUCUGGAGAUUCUUCAUCGACGGUUUCCGGGCAAGGUUUUGCUCAAAAAUGUUAGAGAGUCAGCUGUGGAUGCAGGAGAGGUGAAUAAUGAGAGGAGUGCUGAGGUGUUGAGACAGAUGGGGAAGUUGGAGGGGUUUACGAGUUUGGAGGAAACUCUUGUCAAGGCGGUCAAGACCAUUCUGGGGAAUAAGGAGAAGAAUGUGCCCAAGACGCGGAUUGAUUUGUACUACGACUCGUUAACAAGGGCCUAGGUUGGAGAGAUAGGAAGACAAAAGAAGAGGAAGAAGUUCGCCCGUUACACAUCAAGUCUCAAAUGUGGCCGUGACCAUCGAUGGAAGGGUUAGUCUACAUCACUGUGAUUUCGGACUUUCUAGCCUCUCUAAUCAACAAUACUCCUUAGUCCUUCGAAAUGCGUCAUUCGGCUAAGAGGUCAACUCGAAUUCUACGCGUCAAGAAAAGCAUACGAAGAAGGGAGCAUGUGCUACAUUGUGAGAUCCGGUUCAUGACAGCUCAUCCGGCCCAGGGGCUCACGGUUACUACUUGAUGGCAAUGUCAGAAAGAAAAGAUAAC